AUGUUUCCGAUUUGCAGCAGAUUCUUCGUUCAGGUAUUGACGGCAGCUUCACCGGCCGAGGAUGAACCAUCGACGUCGAGUGGUCGACGCGGAUCUGUUCUCAAGGGACGGAAUCUUAUUUCGAGAGUAGCUGAAUUCAGAAAAAUGAUCUUGGAAACCUUCACAGAAGAUGGUGUGAACCACAAUCUCAUGGAAUUGCUGCUGUCCGUAUUGGAAAUGGAUCUCUUCAAUAUGGAGGGUUGUGAUGGCCUGAACACUAGCACGUCUGCCGUUGAGGAAGAUGAACACAAUAAUCGUUCGUCGCUUUCAAUGAGAAGGUUAGAGGAGAUUUAUCAGUUUUGA